AAGCGCUUGUAGAUUCAGUUCGCUUUUGACACUCCAAUUGGCUGGUAGUGUGUAAGAAUCUGCUUCUUGAGUACAACAAACCACACGUAAUUGCAUUCAAUUGCAUUUUAAAAUAAUUAUCUGAAUUAUCUUUAUAAAUAAAAAAACAUUUUUGGCAGCUAAAAACAUUAAUCUUAAAUAAAGUGUUAUGAAGUGUGUGUGCCGUAAAAGGAGUAUAUAAGUGCUUAGUGAAAUAUAAUUUGUAAACACAGAAUAAUCCGUAAAGAAACACGUACACGUUGAAAUGUCGCAAAAUAAUUCAGUUGUUCAUACUAUGGCAGCAAAUGGAAAUUCGUCAACAAUGCCAGUUGAGCGGGAGUCACCGCUAAUAUUUUUCGUGAAUGGUAAAAAGGUCGUCGAUCCGACACCAGAUCCAGAAUGCACCUUACUCACAUAUCUGCGCGAUAAACUGCGUUUAUGUGGCACGAAAUUGGGAUGUGGCGAAGGUGGUUGCGGCGCUUGUACGGUUAUGCUGUCGCGUGUUGAUCGCGCCACCAACAGUAUCAAACACUUGGCCGUGAACGCCUGCCUGAUGCCCGUAUGCGCCAUGCAUGGUUGCGCAGUAACCACCAUAGAGGGAAUCGGUAGCACACGCACACGCCUUCACCCGGUACAGGAGCGUCUGGCCAAAGCGCAUGGCAGUCAGUGUGGCUUCUGUACACCCGGCAUAGUUAUGUCCAUGUACGCACUGCUGCGUAGCAUGCCCCAGCCAUCGAUGAAAGAUUUGGAAGUGGCUUUUCAGGGCAACCUCUGCCGUUGUACGGGUUAUCGUCCUAUUUUGGAAGGAUACAAGACUUUCACGAAGGAAUUUAGCUGUGCCAUGGGUGAUAAGUGUUGCAAAUUGAAUGGUAAUAAGAGACCAAAUGGCGAAAAUGAAGAUGAUAAGUUAUUUGAGAAGAGCGAAUUUUUACCAUUCGAUCCCAGUCAGGAACCCAUAUUUCCACCAGAACUGCAUUUAAAUUCGCAAUACGAUGCGGAAAAUCUUUUGUUCAAAGGACCGCGGUCGACAUGGUAUCGCCCCGUGGAACUUUUAGACUUGCUGAAACUGAAAGCGGAGAACCCGCAUGGCAAAAUCAUUGUCGGCAACACAGAAGUUGGUGUUGAAAUGAAAUUUAAGCAGUUUCUAUACACCGUACACAUUAACCCCAUAAAAGUACCGGAAUUAAAUGAGAUACGUGAAUUAGAUGAUAGCAUUCUAUUUGGUUCUGCCGUCACCUUAAUGGACAUUGAUGAAUACCUACGCGAACGCAUCGAGAAAUUGCCGGAGCACGAGACACGUUUCUUCCGCUGCGCCGUAAAAAUGUUGCACUACUUUGCGGGCAAACAGAUUCGAAAUGUGGCAUCUCUCGGUGGCAACAUCAUGACUGGAAGUCCGAUAUCCGAUAUGAAUCCAAUUUUGACUGCGGCCUGUGCUAAGCUUAAGGUGUGCAGCUUAGUUGAUGGGGAAGUACAAACACGAGAUGUCCAUAUGGGCCCAAGCUUCUUUACUGGAUAUCGCAAGAAUACAAUACUACCACAUGAAGUCUUGGUGGGCAUAUACUUUCCGAAGAGCACAAAAGAUCAACACUUCGUUGCAUUUAAGCAAGCACGCCGUAGAGAUGAUGACAUUGCCAUCGUGAAUGCAGUAUUAAAUGUGACCUUCGAACCGAAUACCAAUAUAAUCAAACAUAUUUAUAUGGCAUUCGGCGGUAUGGCACCCAUAACGAUCAUGGCGCCAAAAACAUCACAAAUCAUGGCGAAACAGAAAUGGAAUCUCGUAUUAGUUGAGCGUGUGACUGAAAGCCUCUGCGCCGAACUGCCAUUGGCGCCAUCUGCACCAGGUGGUAUGAUCGCCUAUCGUCGUUCAUUGGUAGUCAGUUUAUUCUUCAAGGCAUAUUUAGCCAUCAGUCAAGAAUUAAUUAAAGCCGGUAUCAUCGAAGAUGAUGCAAUACCAGAGAGAGAAUUGAGUGGUGCUGAGACCUUCCAUACACCGAUUUUGAAGAGUGCGCAGCUCUUUGAGCGCGUAUGUGCCGAACAACCAAUAUGUGAUCCCAUCGGUAGACCAAAGGUACACGCUUCCGCACUGAAACAGGCCACGGGUGAAGCAAUUUACUGCGAUGACAUACCACGCCAUGAGAAUGAAUUGUAUCUCGCGCUUGUACUUAGCACCAAAGCACAUGCAAAGCUUCUAUCGAUUGAUGCCAGCGAAGCGCUAAAACAGCCGGGUGUACAUGCAUUCUUCUCCAGCAAAGAUUUGAGUGACUAUGAAAAUAAAGUUGGUACCGUGUUUCAUGAUGAAGAAGUCUUCGCUUCGGAGACAGUUUAUUGUCAGGGGCAGGUGAUUGGUGCCAUCGUUGCGGAGAGCCAAGUUUUGGCGCAACGUGCGGCGCGUCUCGUGCAUAUCAAGUACGAAGAACUUAGCCCGGUUAUUGUAACAAUUGAACAGGCCAUCGCACAUAAAUCUUAUUUUCCCGAUUAUCCGACAUAUAUUGAGAAGGGUGAUGUGACAAAAGCAUUUGCGGAAGCUGACCACGUGUAUGAGGGUAGCUGUCGCAUGGGUGGUCAAGAACACUUCUACUUGGAGACGCACGCUUGUGUGGCUACGCCGAGAGAUAGUGAUGAAAUUGAACUGUUUUGCUCAACCCAAAAUCCCACCGAGAUACAAAAACUGGUGGCGCAUGUAUUAUCUGCGCCAAUGCACAAGGUCGUAUGUCGUUCUAAACGCUUGGGUGGCGGAUUUGGUGGCAAAGAGUCGCGUUCGAUUAUCCUGUCACUACCAGUUGCAUUGGCCAGUUAUCGCCUGAGAAGGCCGGUGCGCUGUAUGCUUGAUCGAGAUGAAGAUAUGAUGACAACCGGCACCAGACAUCCUUUUCUCUUCAAAUACAAAAUUGGUUUUACCAAGGAAGGUCUAAUAACGGCAUGUGACAUUGAAUGUUAUACGAACGCCGGCUGCUCAAUGGAUCUUUCAUUUUCCGUGCUUGAUCGUGCUAUGAAUCAUUUCGAGAACUGUUAUCGCAUACCGAAUGUCAAAGUUGGUGGUUGGGUUUGCAAAACGAAUUUACCAUCGAAUACAGCGUUCAGAGGAUUUGGUGGUCCGCAGGGCAUGUUUGCAGCGGAGCAUAUUGUGCGCGAUGUGGCGCGCAUAGUUGGCAAAGAUUACUUGGACAUCAUGCAGUUGAAUUUCUAUAAGACUGGUGAUUACACACACUAUAAUCAAAAGUUGGAAAACUUCCCCAUUGAAAAAUGUUUCAGCGAUUGCUUAGAUCAGUCGAAAUUCUACGAGAAGCGUGCUGAGAUUGAAGAAUUCAAUAAAUGCCAUCGCUGGCGCAAGCGCGGCAUCUCACUUGUGCCCACCAAAUAUGGCAUUGCAUUUGGUGCCAUGCAUCUCAAUCAAGCCGGCGCCCUGGUGAAUAUCUAUGGCGACGGCUCGGUAUUGCUUUCGCAUGGUGGCGUCGAGAUCGGUCAAGGUCUACACACCAAAAUGAUACAGUGUUGCGCGCGUGCCUUGGGCAUACCAACGGAGUUGAUACAUAUUGCCGAAACGGCAACCGAUAAGGUACCGAAUACAUCACCCACAGCAGCUAGUGUCGGUUCAGACUUGAAUGGCAUGGCAGUAUUGGAUGCUUGUGAGAAGAUAAAUCAGCGCCUGAAACCUAUCAAGGAAGCCAAUCCGAAAGAUACUUGGCAAGAGUGGAUCAGCAAAGCAUAUUUUGCCCGUGUAGGGCUCUCGGCAAGCGGUUUCUACAAAAUGCCUGAUGUUGGUGACGAUCCAAAGACAAAUCCAAAUGCGCGUUGUUAUAAUUAUUAUACCAAUGGUGUGGGGGUGUCCGUGGUUGAAAUUGAUUGCUUAACAGGUGAUCAUCAAGUCUUGAGCACAGACAUCGUAAUGGAUUUAGGCUCAAGCUUGAAUCCAGCUAUCGAUAUUGGACAAAUCGAAGGCGCAUUCAUGCAAGGUUAUGGUUUAUUUGUGUUGGAAGAACUCAUUUAUUCACCACAAGGUGCGCUUUAUUCACGCGGACCAGGCAUGUAUAAACUACCAGGCUUUGCCGACAUACCGGGCGAGUUUAAUGUGAGCCUUUUGACUGGCGCACCUAACCCUAGAGCUGUUUUUUCUUCAAAGGCGGUUGGUGAGCCACCGUUAUUCAUUGGUAGCACCACAUUUUUCGCCAUUAAGGAAGCCAUCGCUGCGGCACGUGCUGAACGUCAGCUGAGCGCCAAUUUCGUACUGCACGCUCCAGCGACAGCGGCACGCAUACGAAUGGCAUGCCAAGACGAGUUCACAGAAUUGAUUGAUCAACCAUCCCCUGACACAUAUACGCCAUGGAAUGUUGUGCCCUAAACGUGGAAUCAUUUGAUUUUGUUUAAAAGUUUAAUUAUUUAUACAAAAAAAGUUUAAUUACUAUACACGGACUUACAGACAUGCAUUUGAGUAUCAGUAAAUAGAUAUGUUGGAUAUGUAAUUUGAGUUGAACAUUAUAAAAUGGUGCUAUUUUACAUAAAGAUGUAAACAACAACAAAUAUAUAUGUAUAUGUAAAUUUUACUAACUUGUCAUUUUGAAAAUGAUUUAAUUUUUUUAUAAUAUUGUGCACAACAAUAAAGUUAGUCAAUAAUAAAUGAAAAAGGUCAUAGACUAUAUUGAUAAAUUUAUUUUGGAACUGCAUCAUAUUUACAAAGUGUCGAAGUUCUGAACUCAGAACGUAACUUUUGUUGUUAUUAUUAUUGUAAAAAUAUAAGAUGAACAUACCUGAA